AUGUGGACACAUGACUAUACCCAGGACCAGUCGUACCAGCAGACAGUGACCCACCCUGACCCAGAAACUCUGCAGGACUACCACAACCACGGCUCCCAAACUAACCUCAACCAUCAGCUGGCCCGGGGAAAGAAGCACCAGCUGGACCAGCAGACCUACACCAGCAACAGAAACCACAAGAGGCAGCUCAAGACUCAAAAGGACCAUCAGCCCCCCAACAGCUAUCAGGAUUCCAUACUGGACUCCCAGACCAUGUACAGCAACAAGCAGAACCAGCAGAACCAUCACAUGAAACAGCAGUCUCUGGACCUUCAGACUCAACUGGACCUACAGAACUGCAACCACCAUCAGAGCCAGCAGAUGGAGGUGAACCAUUACCACCAUCAGUCUGUCCAGAGCCAGCUACAGAACCAGCUGGACCAUUACCACCAUCAGUCUGUCCAGAGCCAGCUACAGAACCAGCUGGACCAUCCCCACCAUCAGUCUGUCCAGAGCCAGCUACAGAACCAGCUGGACCAUCCCCAGCAUCAGUCUGUCCAGAGCCAGCUACAGAACCAGCUGGACCAUCCCCACCAUCAGUCUGUCCAGAGCCAGCUACAGAACCAGCUGGACCAUCACCACUAUCAGUCUGUCCAGAACCAACUGGACCAUCACCAGCAUCAGUCUGUCCAGAGCCAGCUACAGAUCCAGGUGGACCAUCACCAGCAUCAGUCUGUCCAGAGCCAGCUAGACCAUCACCACCAUCAGUCUCUCCAGGACCAGCUACAGAACCAACUGGACCCUUACCACCAUCAGUCUCUCCAGGACCAGCUACAGAACCAACUGGACCCUUACCACCAUCAGUCUCUCCAGGACCAGCUACAGAACCAACUGGACCAUCACCAGCACCAGUCUGUCCAGAGCCAGCUACAGAGCCAGAAGCACCAGCUCUAA